UAUAAAUCGAGCAAAUCGCUCCGUCCUCACUACCAAAACAAACCCCAUAAACCCUUCAAAAAACAUUCCACAAUCCUCACUACUUCCUUCAUCGAAAAUGGAUCCCAGUCACCAAGUUUCAAACCUCUUGAUCACCAUUGCAACAAUCAUCGCGAGUCUUUCCAUGCUCUGUUUCACCAACGUCGCAGAUGCAGCACAAGGAAAGGCCGUUUUCCACAACGCCCUCACUCCUUCGGCUUGCUACCAGUACCAAAACAGGGGAGACAUGAUCACCGGAGUGAGCGACAAGCUGUGGGACAACGGCAACGCCUGCGGGAGGAGGUACAGGGUGAGGUGCAUCGGCGCGGCCAACCUAGCGCCGAGAAGCUGCCGGACAACAUCCGGCGCCGUCAUCGUCACCGUCGUCGAUUUAUGCCGGAACUGCGACGGUGACAUCAACUUGUCCCGGGCUGCUUUCAACAGGAUUGCCGAUGUCGAUGCCGGCAUAGUCCGCGUCCAAUACGACGCGAUCUAGUGAAAGUUGGAUAGCUGAUGAUGACUAGGGAGAGGAAUUAAUAAAUAAGUGAUGUUGGAUGGAUGAUGGAAAAAAUUCAACCAAUGAUGAGUUUGAUGUUUUAGUCAAUAUAAUUACCGAUCGAUGUAUGCUACUUUGAAGAAUCUAUUGACAUCGGAAUAAGUGAACGGUGCUCGAUUAUAAAAGAUAUCAUCUUUGUACUACGUGUGAAUUAAGUGUG